AUGAGUGUGAGAUAUCUCGAUUCAGAAAAGACAAUGGAGGACAGAAGCAGCCGCACCAUCUCCAGAGGGAGGCUUGGACUGAGCUUCACUAUUGACUACCUUCUGUUCAAUAAAGGAGUCAAAGGUUCCAAAGAAGAAGCGACGGGAAGUCGUGUGGCAGAGCAGACAGCGAGCAACAUGCUCGAUCAUCAGAAUCCUAAACCCGAAGAGGUGGGGAUUCGCUCUGAGAAACAGCCGAAGAGGUCAGAGGUAGACCCAGAGGAAAGUAAAGUCAAAGAAGAGGAGGGGGAAGAAGAGCAAAGAGAGGAGGGGGAGGAGGAAGUGACCACCACCACCACCACGUCUGUCAGCAGCGGUCGAGGGACGUCUGCGGACAAACCCAACCAGUCGUACAUCUCUCUCAUCUCUAAGGCGAUCCUGGCGUCCGAGCAGAAGAAGCUGCUGCUGUGUGACAUCUACCAGUGGAUCAUGGACCACUACCCGUACUUCAAGAGUAAGGAUAAAAACUGGAGGAACAGUGUGAGACACAACCUCUCCCUGAACGACUGCUUCAUCAAAGCUGGCCGCAGUGACAACGGUAAAGGCCACUUCUGGGCAAUUCACCCAUCAAACUAUGAGGACUUCUCCAACGGGGACUAUCACUGCCGCAGGGCACGGCGGAGGGUGCGCAGGGUGGCGGGACAGCUUCCCCUGCCCUCCCUGAGCUCCCCCUACCACCCUGCACUGGCUCGCCCCCACAGAACGACCUGUUGGUGCUGUCCUCAGGCAUCAGCGUUCCCUCUGACCUGCUCAGCCCCCAGAUUCUACUGGCCCUGGUCCCGUAUGCAGCCACAACUGGGGCUCCACCCGGGCCUGCACACCUCUCUACCCUGA